AUGUAUGAAAAAAUUGGUGCCGAGCUAGAUGGCGCUAAGCCUUACGUGUAUGGAUGCAACACCAUAGGCCCCAAUGGAGAUGCGGGACGGUUGGAAUAUCUUACACUUAGUACCAAUCCUAAUAGUCAACAAUACAUCCUUCGGAUGCCCCAAUUAAUCCCCGAUUGCCCUUACUACUUCGGCACUGCAGCGCGUGACUAUGCUGACGCAGUUAGGAAGCUGACAUGUACGCUAUUGGGUCUGAUGGUAAGGGGCUUGGGGCUGGCUAAGGCUUCAAUCUUGACUGACCUGAUUAGGGACGAUGAAAGUGACUCAAUCUUGAGGCUCAAUCAUUAUCCACCAUCCAAUGAUCCCUGUAUUGCAUUUAUAGAGCAUAGUGACCCUCAGAUCUUUACCCUCCUCAAAUCAAACGAUGUGCCUAGCCUACAGAUUCGUGUAGGGAAUGAUCAGUGGAUCUCGAUCCCUCCUAACCUUUCUGCCUUUUGUGUUUUUGUGGGUGACAUUUUACAUGCUAUGACAAAUGGGAGAUUUGUGAGCGUACGACACAGGGCACUAACAAAUAGGGGUGUCAAGGCGGUUUGUGAAAUAGAUAACAGCUCGCUAACCGUUUUUUCAAAAUUGGGCUUUCUUUGA